AUCAGAUUUUCUUACAUCGCUGAAAGCCUUGAUGCGAUCAUAACGCCACGGCGAACAUCAUAAUCCGAUCGAUCUAAAAUGUUUGCCAAAAACAUUACGCGAAUUGGAUGUACCAGGACGCAUAAAAAGGUGCUCCUGAUUGCAUCCUCAAUCGUGCCACUGAUAACAAACGACACAUCUCGCUCCAAGUCUCUUCCAACCGGUUGCGUAUUCCAUGUUGUACAUCUACCAUUUCUCCAUUGCUUUCGCUUUCGUAUACAUAUUACGUUUCUUUCAACAGCGGUUCUCGUCUCUCUUCGCCCUGCGCCAUGUUCCGGGCCCGAAGUCUUCCUCCUGGGUGUGGGGCGAAGAAAAGGUGUUGUAUUACAACACACCUGGUGCCUUAUAUCUGGACUGGCACCGCACAUAUGGCAAUGUCGUGAAAUUUACAGGAGCGUUUGGCCAUCAGCUCCUUUCCGUCACGGAUCCGCACGCAAUAUCGUUUAUUUUGGGAGAGGGCGCAUACCAGUUUCCCAAACCAAAAGGCGUGCGUGCCUGGUUUCGUAUGCUGCUCGGAGAGGGUAUUCUCUGGGUGGAAGGCAAAGAAGCUCACGAGAAGCAACGGCGUAGCGUCGGCCCAGCAUUAAGUGUGCAGUCUGCACGGAACUUGACUCCGGUAUUCUACGAAAACGCUGCCAAAAUGGUGUCCCAGUGGCACAAGCUUUUUGAUGCCCAGCAUAGCGACGAAAUUGUGAUUGAAAUGACUAACUGGGCUGGACGCUUUGCGUUGGAUACAGUUGGACGAGCAACGUUGUCGUACGACUUUGACUGCCUUCGAGGCCAGCCACACGCUCUCGCAGAAACCCUAGAUGGCUUGACGAAUCACGAAAAAUCGCUUACCUCAUUUUACAUGAAAGCUCUUUUUUGGUUAUUACCAUCUAUCUUGCAUCUCGGCAAGAAAGGGCAGAUGAUCAGAAAAACCCGAAAAGAGCUUGGGGAUCUGGCUACAGAUAUCUUGAAGGAUGCGGAAGCUGUCAGUGAUCCGAACAGUAAGACACUGAUGUCACUGAUGCUGCGAGCCGAUAAAGCCACUGCCGCUGUACGUAUGGAUGAAGAGCAAGUUGCAGCGCAGAUGCGAACCAUCAUUUCAGCUGGUUAUGAACCAGUUUCCGCCACGAUUGCUUGGCUGUUCUUUGAGCUUUCCAUGAGCCCGGAAUGGCAGCAAGCAAUCCGUGAAGAAGUUUCGACUGCUGGAGACCCUACAUUCGAUGAACUCAACAAUGCCUACCCUCUUCUCGACGCAUUUUUCCUAGAGACACUCCGCCUCCAUCCACCUGUUCUUGAAAAUCAUCACGAGGCUGCUGAGACCAUCAGUAUACCUCUUUCGGAACCUGUAGCAGGGUCUGGUGAUCUUCACCUCGUCAUUCCAAAAGGCACAAUCAUCUCACUACCUGUCAAUGUCAUUCAAAAAGACAAGUCAACAUGGGGGUUCGACGCAGACGACUUCCGACCAGAACGCUGGCUCCACCGCGGUACCAGAACUAGCCGCGAGUUGUUGGCUUUUAGUGUCGGCCCCCGGGGCUGCCUCGGGCGAAACUUUGCGGCUGCCGAAAUAAAGGCUCUGACAGUGACUCUACUCCGACACUUCGCCUUCUCCUGUCCACAUGAAAUUGAAGCUUUCCAGAGUUUUGUCAUUCGUCCCCGAGUUAAGGGAGAAGGCUCGAGUUCGCUACCGCUUACGGUUCGCAGAACACUGUGACAAGUCAGUUGGGGGGAUGCAAGCUCGUGGGCACAUAUUUGUUUAUACUACUUUCGUAUUGAAUGUACCGAGAUGUGAUAUGGCACUUUUAGAAAUUAGAACUCAAGACGCUAUAUUUUUCUAGUGUCUACACCAGAUGUCGCCGACUCCUACGGUUUGUAGGAAGCAAACAGCCAACAUUUCUCUAGUAGCAUACAUGUACUUUCACAACACGCGUCACGUCGCCAUCGCGUCCAAUCUCACCUGGUC